GUAAUGGAUAUUGUUUGAUGGGUGGAAUUAAAACGCGUCUGAGAAUCUUGGGUGUAAACAUAUGGCCUAACACCUCGUUUUCCGGAUUGUCCGGAUGAGCAGGUGUUACACUUGAAAUUAUUUUAAGAAAUGGAAGAUUGAAUUCAAAAUAGAGUUCUUUAUGAGAGAGAUUCAAGCUUUGCCACUUUGAGAAGAACCACCCUUUUUAGCUGAAUCUUCUGUAUUGUAGAGAGUUUCUGCUAAACAAUAUCACUAACACCGGACAAUACUAAAGAAGUAAUGGCGUGCAAAUUACAGUUACAGACAUAUUAACACCAAACUCAUAGCUACAUAGAAAGAAAGUCAACGAGCUAAAUACAUAACAAGAACCCAAAAACCUAAAUUCAUAAAAAGAAAGAAAGUCAACGAGCUAAUGAAAUCACAAGGAUUCUCAUAUAUAAUCGGAUUGCCAAACUGGUUCUGGUUCAAAAAUAACAAACUUUCAAUCGAAAACAAUAUCAUCGUCUCUCAGUCGAUCAAACUAGACCCUAAUGUCGAAGAAAUGAAACUACUCGCCAAACUACAUCUCAACCAAUCCGGUUAACUUCGGUUUAAGAGUUUUAAAGACUCGUUCUACAAGGAUGGCGGGUAAAAUAGGGAGCCUUCCGGUUUAGACCAAACCCGCCACAGGAGAAACUAUCAGCGCCUGAAUAAUUGGUCUUUGGUCAAAAUUCAAUUCUCAUUCUCUCUUUGGUCAAUUCAAUUCCUUCUUAUUUUUUAAAUGCUUUUCUGCCUAUCACCAAAACCCUAUAUAUACAAACCUAGCAUCAUAUCUCUACCACCAUCAUCUUCUUCAUUACAAAACUAGAGAGAGAUACUAAGAAACGUAACCAAACCAUUCAAGAACCGGUUUCCAACUGAGUGAAAGAACAAAACAUUCUUGUAUACAUCAAUGGCUUCAUUACAGGUUUCAAGAUUAGUUCUUUCCUCGUCUUCUUCAAGCUCAAUACCUAAAGCUGCAGUCUCCAUCCCCAAGUUACCUAAAUUCAACGUCAUGGUUCCAAAAAUACCGAUAAAGAAGCAGACUUUAUCGGUUAAAGAACAGAGCUUUGAGUUAGAAAGUCUUCCUCUUCCGUUGAAACAGAGGAGAGACUCUGAUCCUAUCCAAAGGGCACGCCUCGUCGCGGUUCUUGAAGAAGUCAUGGACAGGAUUGAGAUGCACAAGAACAUCGGAGAACAGCGCAACAACUGGAACUCUCUGUUGCUCAGUUCCGUCAACAUGAUCACUCUCUCCGCCGCUUUGAUGGCAGGAAUAGCUUCCGUUAACGUUCACGGCGGAGAUUCUAUAACAGCCGUGAAGAUAGCUUCAACGGUGUUGUUAACUUCUGCCACAAGUAUAGGUGCCUUGAUGAGCAAGAUUCAACCGUCUCAGCUCGCUGAAGAACAGAGGAACGCGACGAGGUUGUUCAAGAAGCUGAGAAUCGAACUCGAAAGUUUUCUGAGAGAAAACGAGGAGGUCAACGAAGAAGAUGUGAAGGAAGCGAUACAGAGAGUGUUGGCUCUAGAUAAAGCUUACCCUCUUCCUCUAAUCGGAACAAUGCUCGAGAAGUUUCCGGAAGAGUUUAAACCGGCGACUUGGUGGCCUGAAAACAAACAGAGAAACCCUAAAACCGGUUUAGCUAAAGCGUGGAGUCAAGAGCUUGAGAUGGAGAUGAGAGAAGUAGCUCGUGUGGUUAAGAGCAGAGACGCAGAAGAGUAUGAGAAAUUAGGUAACGUGAUGCUGAAGGUAAACCGAUUCUUGGCUAUUUCUGGACCGGUUUUAACCGGAAUUUCUGCAGUGAGCUCUGUUGUUAUCGGUCAAGAUUCCGGUUUAGCUGGAAUUGUGGCGAUGACUUGUGCUUCUUUGGCUGCGAUUGUUAACACUUUAGAGCAUGGUGGUCAAGUGGGGAUGGUGUUUGAGAUGUACAGAAACUCAGGCGGGUUCUUCUCUCUGUUAGAAGAAACGGUGAAGUCCACAGAGAACAGAGAGAAUGGAGACGUGUUUGAGACAAAAGUUGCGUUGAAGCUAGGGAGAAGCUUGUCGGAACUGAGAGAUCUUGCGAAGAGAUCAAAUCUCUCGCUGGUUAAGGCUAAUGAAUUUGCAAGCAAACUUUUCUAGUUUUUUUACAGAGAUAACUAACAUUGUUAUGUAUAGAUGAAUUCAUUCAUUCUUUGAUUUAUUUGUAUCAACAAAAUUUAUUAUACUUUUGCAAAGAGCUAUGUUUUAAUAGAAACUUCAACUAGAACUUGAGCUAUAAGUUAAGGCUGUUUGGAGGCGGGUGACGAGAUGAAAUCAUCAAAUUGAUUCCAAACCGAAGCAGCAGAACAGGAAUCUAAUAUAAACAAAAUUUUCUUAAUAUUGUCACCCAAAAAAAAAGAGAAUUUAAUCCAAUUACAAAUUCAUAAUUUUCAAUUAAAAUACACAUGAA